AUGGAAUCUAAUUAUUUUUUGCAGCCUAUUUUGAAGUAUUGUUCUUCAUGUCAUUCUAACAAAUCCGCUGAUUUAUUUGAAACUAAUAAAAAAUCUUGUUCACUAUGCUUAAAUCGGUUAAAUGAAGGAUAUAAAAGAAAGCGUGAAGAACAAUAU